AGUUAUUCACGUUCGGUUUUUCUGAAGUGAGCGUCAUGCCUGAACCCGCGAAGUCCGCGCCUAAGAAGGGCUCAAAGAAGGCCGUCACUAAGACCGCCGGUAAAGGAGGAAAGAAGCGCAGAAAGUCCAGGAAGGAGAGCUAUGCUAUCUACGUGUAUAAAGUGCUGAAGCAGGUUCAUCCUGACACCGGGAUCUCUUCUAAGGCGAUGGGCAUCAUGAACUCUUUCGUCAACGACAUCUUCGAGCGCAUCGCCGGUGAAUCGUCUCGUCUCGCUCACUACAACAAGCGCUCCACCAUCACAUCGAGAGAGAUCCAGACCGCCGUGCGUCUGCUGCUGCCCGGGGAACUGGCCAAACACGCCGUGUCUGAGGGCACCAAGGCUGUCACCAAAUACACCAGCUCGAAGAGUAGAAACCCUCAUGUGACUUUGAGACAGUCGUGAUGUUCAUCUCUCCUGUCGUCUGAUUCUGGACGAGUGAUCUGUCUUUAUAGAAAUCAGCUCUGAGGAUCGGGGAGUUUGUAGA